CGCAUUUUGAAUAGUUAGUCACGGUGGUAUUUACGCGGUCAUCUUAAAAUGUCAAGUUCCAGCGGACCUUCUGGUGAUGCCAGGCAUCAGGAGACCGUCCUCGGUCGUCUCAAGUCAGAUUACAUCAAUACUGCUUUGUACUUUGCUCGUCUGGGGACAAUCUUCUGCUGCUUUAUGUUCUUUUUUGCACCACUUUUUUCCCGUCUUCAUCCAUCUGAAUUAGACAUUUGGUACAGAAGAGCGCUGCUAGCAAGUGCGGCGACAUCAGCUUUGCGUUUGCAUCAGCGAUUGAAAAGCAUGAAUACGGGAUUUUCUCGACAGGUCGUAGAAGUCUUGAUCGCUGAAGAUUCAUCUCACUAUUUGCUCUAUUCCAUUAUGUUUGCUAUUUUACCACCAGUGACAGUUUCCCUAGUGCCUGUCUUCCUUUUCGCCUUGUUGCACGUGGCAAGUUUCACUAAUACUCUUCUGAAUGUAUCUGUUUGUACAAAUAACGGGGCUACAGGUGAUGGUCCAGAGGUCUCAACGCGUUCACAGAAUUCAUCCUAUUUUCAUCAGACAUUACAAAAAUUAGUCAAUAAAGUAAAGUCAAAUGAUCAGAAUAUUUUGCGUAUAAUUGCACUGAACGAGAUAAUGCUGAUGAUAGUAUGCAUAUUUAUGGCUAUUUCUGGACCUAGGAUUUUUGUUCUGCCUUUUAUUUACUAUCCAUUCUUGAAAAUGCGUUAUAACUCAAGACGUAAUCCUUAUACUCGCAACGCGUUUUUGGAAUUACGCAUUGCAUUGCAAAAUGUCGCCUACCAUUCAAAAUGUCCGGCAUUCGUUUCACGUAUGAUUUAUGGGCUUAUCUCUAUUGUAUCUCGGCUUGGAUCAAGUGGUUAUACAGGAAACUAAUAUGGAGUGCAUUCAUUCCCACUACGUGAUUUCUUUGUGUUUCAUGAUUUGAUAUCGUCGAAGCUGUUGUAUUCUAAAUCGUUUCUUCUAAUUAUCACAAAUAUGUUAUUUAUGUAAAUUACUCAAAUUUUGGGUUUGAUUUUUGGUAGAAUUAUUGUUUCAAGCCUUUGCAUAACAGUUUCAGCAAUCCGUUCUUAUGUGAGCCGUCCCAUAGGUAACUCCUUUAUCUGUUUCUAUCUUCAAAAAUUGAAUUGGAAAUGUUAUUAGACAUAAAUUUCUGCAUUUUAUCCAACUUGUAUUUUUGAGUGUUGAGGUAGAUUUCCAUCAUUGCUAAUUAAUUAUUGAGUGGUUUCAUCUGCUAGUUGUAGUCCAGUCAACGUGCGAAAUUCUGUGACAUGCAACGAUACCAUUAUUUGUAUGUCAUCAAUGUCCAUGGUUUUCUCUACAAAUUGAGUUGGACAUAUGAUGCACUGAUCGUCGGAUACUGUUAAAUAUUUAAGUUUUGUGUAGGGUUCUUUGGAUUGGGUUGUCUAAUGUUUGGAUAGAAUUCCUCGUGAACUGUUGGUAUACAUCUUUAUGUUUGAGCAAGUCUUCAGCUUUCUUAGUGUAUUCUCAUUUGUCCAUAAGUGCUGUGUCUUCCACUUGUCUGAUGAUAGUAUGACGAUGUUUUUUUCUAUUUUCCAGCGUUAUAGGGGCUUUCCGUUCUUGAAAACCGAGUUGUGUAUGGUCGUUUCUGUUUGACCAUAGAUGCGAUAGUUUAGCCUAUCUCUCAUUACUUCAUCUUGUUUUGGUGGUUUUAGUAGUGAUUCUAGAGUAGCGAAGAAAUCCGUUUUUGAGGCAUCACCAGUGUUGUAGUUCAAUUCUUUAUGGCGGUUUUGUUCGACUUUUGACAGUGGCUAUUUUUUAUCAAAUUGACUGCGCGAUCAAUCGGUGCACUAUCAAUUUGUUGUUGUUUAGUUUUGAUUAAUUCAUGCAUGACAACAUUUUGUUGUUGUCUUUUUUAGUUCAUCGAGAAUUCCCAUUGUAACACAUAGAAAAUCACAACAAGUGAUUCAGCGAAGAGACUAUUUUCAACGAAUUUAUUAUCAAGCUGUACAAUAGUAUAUAUAUGGUUUUCAAGAAAUUAUAUCCCGUGAAGGAAUUAAAUCAUGAGUGUGAAUACAUAUAAUAAUAGUAUCCCUCACUGGAUAUAAUUUCUUGAAAACCAUAUAUAUACAUACGAUUGUAUAGUUUGAUAAUAAAUUCGUUGUCUUUUUUCUCAUCUACUUGACAAUACCGUCGCGGCGGUUAACGCUGAUAGAAUAACAAUCUUUUUUCUUUUCUGUCCUAUCUUUUCCUUCUGAAUGUCAAUUGUGUGUUGUUACUUCCGGAUGCGGUGGUGUGCAUCUGUAAUCAAUGAUUUGAUCAUUCAUCUUCCUCAUCAUUUGGUUAAAUUAUAAAUUAUUUAAAUUGGUUCCCUGAUAGAUACCUGCCUUUUGGCGAAAUCCUUUCAGUUUUGAAGAGAAAAAAGCGUUUUCCUGUUGUAAGAUUUAAGGAUGAUGUAGAGGAUUUGAAGCUCAGGUGGAUGAUAUCGGUGUAGUUUUGUUCUCUGAGCGGUAUGGUUUAGUUGCAAAGUUUUGAAAUCAAAUUUAAGUAUGCUGUGAAGGUUAGUCUAGGCAUGCAAUGAAAGCUCUUUCUAAACUGUAGGGUUGGGAAGGUACCCAUUAACAACCAAUCACGUUCAAGGUGGCUGAUAAACUCAUAGAUAAUUUUGAAAGCUCACUUCAAAUUGAGGAAUGCACUGAAAAUGCUGCUUCGAAAGACAAGUGCUUCCAUUUGCGUUAAUGCGUAGGUAGUAUAUUCUAAUGUUUUCAUAGGUCAGGUGUGCAACUCAAUGACGUGUUUUGACUGAGUGUUUGAUUGUUUAACGUUUUCACAUCAGGUGAUUGGAAUUCAUUGUCUACGUAACAUCAUCAUAUGAUGAAAUAGUUAUCUGAGUGUUAAGUCUUUAGAUAAAGUAAAGUUGAUGAUGAAGUUGUUAAUCUUCCCUCACAUAUGCGGUUGGAAUAUGUUUUACGCGUGCCUACUCACCACUCGUGAUAUGACCCUUAAUAUAUGAAACUUGACUGUGGGAUUUGCGUACAUUCCACAACUGUAGUCCAAAUGACAACUAGAACCGAUUUAUUAAAACUGCAGUUAUCAUAUUUGUGAUUGGUAUUAGCAUUUCCGUACUAUACCUUUUUAUCUACCUUACAAUAUCAGAUUUCUUUGACUUUUGUUCAAUGUUUUUCAAGUUUUAUAUUUCAUCAUGAGCGCUUCACUAUGUUGUUUGACUUUAUCAGUGUGAAGUAUCUAUUAUCAGAUAUAAAAGCUUAAAGAACUGAAUUUAACCGUUUUUCUCAUUCUAAGACACUAAGGUUUACUACCUACAAGUCUUUACCAGUGGUCAUUUAUUUUUCCCCUUACGAUGUAUUGCAGGAGUACACGGUUGCCUAAAACUUGAUUCGUUCACAUAACUGGUUGUGUUGCAAUAGCUGCUAUAUAAGUUUAGAAUAACAGUCAGUCAUUUGUGAAAAACAUCAUUCUUAUGUUUUUUAAUUUGCUGAAAUGUGCACAUGUUCCUCACGUUCUUAUUGGUAAUCCUUUUCGCGAACCAUUUGCAAGUACACGUUUAUGUUUUCACUGUAAUGAUUAAAAUAAAGUGGGAUGUAAUAGUACAACUUGAUUCGAACAUUAUCGUAUAUGCUACAACUCAGUAACAAGGUGAUAUUCCCAAAUAUCUGU